GCCUGCAACUAUAGUCCAGGCAGUGUCUUGGAACGAGCAGUGCUAUCUAUAGUGAGGCUUGGAACGCAUAGUGAAGGUCACAGCGAGGCUUGGAACGCACAGCGCGUGUCAAUGCUGCCUGAAGCUUGGUACACAUAGUACCCACCAUGAAGAGGGCGAUUCGGAAAACGCUCAAGAGAUGCGUGUUAUAAAAGCGCAUGGAGGAGGGCAGAGUUGUAGGGAUUUUCCUUCUGCACCCAAUGCGGCUAUUUACAGAGACAGUCAAUCUAUAUGACUUGGAUUUCUGAUGUUGUCUUAUGUGAUCCGAGUGACUGGGACAAGGGAGAGGUGGACGGCAUUAGAGAUAUGUAAACGUUUGCUAUGCCCUAGGAUUAGAUGGUAUACAGCUGGGUCUACAGAUCGGUUACAAGAUGUUCUGUUUGACUUAUGUCAGCGCAGACACUUUAUAUUGGGGGACAAAUUGACUGCAACCUCCCUUCUAAGAGGAUUUCACAGCCUGGGGCCUUUGGGAAUCGAGCUGAAAAAGAACCUGAUAAACGAGUGGUGGAGCAUGGUACUGCUGAAGAGAGAACAGGUUCUGGCUAUUGACACCUUGAAUCAUUUAUCAGGAGAAUCUGCUUCAUCAACAAAACCAUUACUAAGGAUAUGUCCAGAAUCUUGGCUAGAACUACUUCAAAAGAGAGACUUAACCAAAGACCAGCUGGUUGCAUUGUUAAAGGAACAUGUGGGAGAGCUGGGAGCCCUUCGGCAAGAUCUUUUGUAUGGUGGUUUGCUGCAUUACGUCUCCUGUCUGGAACUGGUUAAUAGGAAACUACCAUUUGGAAUUGCAGAAGUUGGCAAGUGUUUUCAUUGUUUCUCAGAAGACGAACAUAAUGACUUACCUCUCAUUCGGAUUGGUGAGAGAACGGUGGCUUCACUCACUUGGUUCAGUUCUGCAAAAACAUCAGGUCAGUGGCGGGACUACUGGCUGCGUCACCGUCUGCUCUGGUGGCAAAGGUUUUCCCAGGUCCCAUCCAGAUUCAGCAGUGACCAUCAGGAUAAUAUGUCUGUCAUACAUUAUCACUUCCCCUGGGGAAAGGAACCAGUCGAGAGCCUCUGCUGUAUGGAUGAGGCUUCCCUUACCCAGAUGCAUUGUGGUGGCAGUGCUAAACUCCACGGUCGGGAUGGCAGAAAGUCAGUUAUACCACAUGUUGUGUGGGUGAGUGGUGAUCUGGACCGUGGUUUGCUGGCAUACCUAUCUGACGCAUUGCAGCUGACAGAAAACCAGUUAUCACGAGGCAAAGACCAGCAGCGGAUGGUGCUGAAGAUUCACCCAUCUUUAGCCCCCAUCAAAGUAGCAGUGGACCUGGGGAAAGGUCCUGCUGUGGAUUUACGUCUGGUAUGUCAGGGAUUGUCUGAUGAGCUGCGAGAGAGCAGGAUUUCUGUCUGGCCUGGAUAUCUGGAUACUCUACAGACCCCAAUGGAGCAGCUGUUUACAAAAUACGAUGAGAUGGGGGUCAUGUUCACAGUGCUGGUGAGUGAUAUCACGUUGGAGAACGGGCUACUUCAGCUGCGCAGUCGAGACACAACCAUUAAAGAGACUAUGCAUAUUUCAAAAUUGAGGGAUUUCCUGUUACAGUACAUAACAGCCACCAAGAAACAUUAAACCAUCUAGAAUUUA